AUGGCAACUAAUACCACAACAGCAAGAAACUCUGGAGAGAUCCCACUUACCUCCCUAAUUAAUUACGAAAACAAUUCACGAAAACAAUUUUUUGAUACCUACAAAAUGCAUAUAAAUUGCUUUUGAAGUUUAUUUUUAAUACAAUAAUAGUUUCAAGAUUUUUAACACUUUUAAGUGAAAAUUUUAUAUUUUUCUUUUUAUAAUAAAGUUCACAAAUAGUAUUUAAAAAAUCCAUAUAAAUUUUAUUUAAAAAUAUUUAAGCCAUCCCAUCAAGUAAAAAGCUCAUACUAAUUAUAUUAGAGAGCUAGAGACAGACUUUAUAUGGAUCCAGUUGAAAAAUACCAGGUCUACGACAUAUUUCCAUGAGUUUUAAUCCUGCACAUUAUUCUGGUUUUUCUAACCUCAGCCCAAGUCGGAAUGGUAGUAAAUUCAAGCUCCCAAUACUCUUAUUCACAGCUUACUCUAUUUAAUGAAAUUUUUUUAAACCACGACGUACAAGGCAGUGACAGUUCAUUAACAAUGACAUAUCAUCUUUUUAAUAUAGGAGAUUUACUAACUUAUGUUGAAAAAACAGUAGAUGUAUUGAUAAUUAUACUAAAUGCUCAGUAUUUAUCAAUAAAUAACAUUUUUUAGUAUUAGACUUCACUAGUAUAAUAUUUAGAUAGAGAUAUUUUGAUAUCAACUCACAUACAGUAGAUAACUACUCCCACGAGUUUUCUCAUGGAAAAAUCAAACCAAUCCAUAUGUAUGUAGAAUAUGGAGAUAGAUCAGAAGCUAAUGAUAAAGGAUAUAGGCAGCUAUACCGCUUAACCCCUAAUGAUUUAGGCCCUUUUCAGCAUUAUAAUCUUAAGGAAUUCUUAGAUGUCGUGGCAAGAUUUGAAUUUGUUUUUACAUUAAAGCAUUAUCUGCACUCUGACGUCCCUGUCCCCUCAACUUGUUAUUCCUGGAAUCUUCAUCAAAGAUAUGACUAUGCCUUGCAUGGCCCAAUUACAGUCACCUUAGACGUUGAUCGUGGAAUUUGUUCAAAUGGAACCUGUAACUUUUAUUUAGACGAUGUUUUUAAAAAAUAUAUGUGGAUUAAUUUAGCUGUCUUUAUUUGUGGAUUUUUAUCUUUUAGCUUGACUGCAAGACACUUAUAUAGCAGAGCGCUGCUUAUGUCAACUUUUAAAAAAAACCAAAGAGGAAGCAUUGCUGAUGCAUGGGAAAAUUUAACUUUAAAAGAAAAAUUCAGGUUUAUUGACAUGUGAAUUGUGUUAAAUACAAUUGGGAAUCUAUGUCAGAUUUUUGGGUCUUUAGGAGGGCUUAUGGAGUCAUAUAAUUCAAUGACUACGCUAGAAGUAAUUUGUGGAAUUGGCUGUUUUAGUAGCUGGGUAGGAGUUCUGAGGUUUUUAAAGCCAGCUCCUACCUCUUAUACAGUGGUUAACACUAUAAAAAGGUCAUAUUCCCGGCUUCUCCCUUAUAUUAUAGGUGUUCUCCCAGUAUUUAUGGCUUUUGCCUUUUUAAGUAUGUGCCUAUUUUGGAAAACUGGAAAUUAUACCAGCCCUACCAGUUCCAUGUUGGUAAACUUUGCUAUGCUAAACGGUGACUCUUUAUACCCCUUUUUCAGUGAUGCAGUCGACGCUAAUUAUGUUUUCGGUCAAAUUUUUAUGUACGCGUAUCUUGUCUUUUUUAUUACGUAAAAACCAUUUAGAUGUGUCCAAAAUAUUUUUGUGGCGAUUUUUCAAGAGGGCUAUAACUCUUUGCAGGUAAACCCAGUCAAGCGUGGAGACGAAAGUGAUGAUGACGAUUUUUCUGAUCCUUUUUCACUAGCAGGAAGCCCUAUGCUUGCUACACCUUCAUCUCCAAAACUAACCAAAAAGCAGACAGAGCUUCAUAUUGAAAAAGAAGAAAGCAGUAAUUAAUAAUUAGAAAGAAAAUCCCAAAAAGCAUUUUUUUCUGAUAGCCAGAUACAGACAAUUUUGUUUAAAAUAUAUAAUUUUGCUGAUAAUUAUGGUAAAAAUUUUCGAUAAAUGGCUAAAAAUACAGAGCCAAAAAGCAUUAAAAAAAAAUUUUGGCUGGAAAAUUAGUUUUGCCGCUGCUAAAUGAUAUGACUGAAGUGUAUAUGGAGAGGCUUGAAAAAGCUUUAGAAGACAUUAAAACACAGAUUCUGACACUUGUGGAAUCAGCUGAGCCGCUUCCUGGUGAAAUUGUAGAUCAAGAAAGGCUAAAAGACAGACUAAACGACAUGCUGAGCAUUGAGCUGCAAGACCAUGUUGAUAAAACAAUUAUUCCUUAA